CUCGCAUCGCAGUCGUCAUACCACGAUAUGGGUUAGUGAAUGAAAAACAGGAUUUUCCCCACCCUGUUUUGCUGCUGUGCUGAACCUAUUAUCAAAUUGAAGAAAUUGAAGAUUUUGCAAUCUAGUAAAAAUAGUUCAAAAUUUGGCCAAACCUCUCGGUCUUCCCUUCUAAGCUAGGCAUCGGAAAUUGCCAAAAACAAAAAAAAACGGUACCGUUUUGUGAGUUAUUCGUGUAGGCAGGAACGCACUGGAAAACAAGCAAAAAUGGGAUGUGAUCGUUUUUGCAGUUUGGAAAAUUUUGUAGUUCCUGGUUUUAGUUGAAAGAGUUAAAUUUAAGGGUAUUUUGAGGAAAUUGGCUUUCGAUCAGCCGUCCAAAUUAAAAAAAAAAAGUUUCAUCUGAACGUUGCUUCGAUGAGAAAAGAAAGUACCAGUGAGUGUGCAUGUGAACAAAGAAAGUCGUUCCGCAUUACUAUAGGAAUAGAAAAAAUUUAAAUCAAUUUGGUUUUAUAUAUCGGUGCAAUUAGGGUCAAGCAUCCUUGACCAAGAUUUGGAUGAAGCCAAUUUUUGCACUAAGGGAUUCGCUGCCAUAGUGGAAGCAAGGAGAACGGGAAAAUUAGGAAGGAAGGAGUGUACCAGUUCUACAGUGAGAGUAACAACAAUGCCAUCAUCAGGCACAGGGAGGAAAAACCUCAUAUGGGAUCUGCCAAAACAGUGUCGAUAGAGAAGGAGGCGCGUGGUGCUGGUGGGAGUGCGAAAACUGCAGUGUUUGUGUAACGAGCGCGCGGAAAAUCGAUAUUCUUCCUUUGCUGUCAAAGUGUAGUCUGAGAGCAGUGAAGUUGGCUGCGGUUGUGUUUGGUUUUUCCGCACAGUAGGCAACUUCUUCGUCGAUUCGGACUUCGGAGGGGAAAUUGGCGUCAAAAUAAAGAGGAAAAUCGUGAAGGUCGGUGCAGAUGGGGAGUCACGUUUUCCACCACAUGUGCGCGGUGUUCUGCGAUGUGCGGGUUGAAUGUUUUGUAUAAACGUCGUGCUAGAUUCGAAAACAGUGUCGCGUCUGUUUGUGUUGGUGUUUGUGUGCAUUGCAUAGCGAAAGGCGCGGACAAAGGAUGAAGAUGCUGCGAAGAUAAACAAGCACAAGGCACACUAUUAGUCGAGUGGAAGAGCUUUCACAGUUUUCCUCUUGGAAAAAAAAACGAAUGGCGAUAACGAUCUGAGUGCUGGGUGGAACAAUAGCGUUGAUUAAGUCCUUAAAUUUGCUGAGUAUUCACCGGAAGGCAGCACUUGUAAACGAAUCUGCCGAGUGAAAGAGAAAGCGGAGCCCUAGGAGAUGUGCAUCGCAAUAGUGAACGGCUGAUGUCAAGGAUACUUGUGUAGGAAAAAGCUGUAGAAACAAAGCUCGUUCUCCGUCACGCUUCCAGGAAUAGAUUCCGCAAACCAGUCGCCAAAAUGCACUAUCGUUACGAAGAAGGGCGGCACUUCCUGCUGCGAAACGCCAGUACCGGCGCGUCCGUGGACUCCAAAUACGACAACUCCAUUGUGUGGCCUUUCCUGAUACAGAAUGUAAUGGAAAAUCCACUUUGUACGACGGCAAGUUCGACCAAUUCUACGGUUUCGGUGCUACUUUGGACCACGAUUGCGGUGUUCGGAAUCGUGUACACGUUGUUAGGAUACCGUUGCUUACGAGCAAUAGGAUUUCUAACGGGUCUCGCUGCUGGUGCCGGAUGCAUCGUUCUGCUGCAGAGUAAAAACAUCACAGAGUUUGGCAAUCUAGCAGCACCAGCCCUCGCUGUAGUUGCCGGCUUAUUUGGUGCUAUCCUCGGCUCAACUCAUCCAAUUUCGUCCAUCUUGAUCGGAGCCUCGGCCGGUGCGCUGGUAGCCGGUGCCACCAUUGCGGCCUGCAUAGCCACACUACCUCAUUACAUCUUUGGAGAAAAUGAGCUCUUCGUGUCAAUCGUGGGAGGUGCAAUCAUCUGUGCAAUUAUCGCACUGUUCUGUCCGAAGUUUAUGUCAAUCAUCGCUUCCAGCAUACUGGGAUCGGCCAUGAUCUUGUGCUCAAUCGACUUCUUCAUGCAUGGACUGAACACGUUGGAUUGGAUCAUCAACAUCAAACCGGAUCCGACGCCUCCGCCCUGCUGGGGUGGAGUGAUCCUGUGCUGUUGGCCCAUUGCCUCGGUGCUAGGGGUACUGGUUCAGAGCUUUGUCACUGCCUGGAAGAUAGACCACCGACGACAGAUGAUGAACCGAAGGCGACGCAACUACAAGGGCCGAUCCGGAUCACGGUCACGGGAAACGCGCGAGGAAGCCCGGCAGCGAAAGUACCGCUACUUGUAUCAGGUGCGAACCGCCCGAGGGGACAUAAUUUCACAGAACUUCGUAUCCGCCCUCCAGAAGCACGUCACCACGGAUUCCGGUCCACCGUCGGAGGUAUCCACCAAGACGGGUUCCAACGAUCGCAACACAGCCCGAAGCGAUCGCACCCACAUGACCAAUCUCCCGGAUUCGGACUUUGACAAGCGAGAUUUAAGCUACGAGAAACGUUGACAUUCGGCCAAAUAGCAUUCGCAUCAAAAGCAGCAUGAGUACUACAACUACAACAACAGCAACAAUAACCACCACCAGCACCACCACCACCACCAUCAGAAGCCGCAGCAGCCGAAACAUGAACGCACUUGUUACUAGAAAUGCCACUGAAGGAAGGGAGGGUGAGGGGGCUCCGAAAAACCGAAACAAUGAAUUGGUAAAGUGAUGGUUGGAUCGUAAAAGGUGCAACAAAAUUAGAAUUCCUCUAGGCUUUGUACAGGUAAGUAGUCUAAAUUCCAAAGAGGUUUUUAUACGGAGAUAGCGAAUCAAAAACGGGCACGCUGAGUGGAAUGAAUAUCCAGUAACGUUCUAGGGACGGGAAUAACCAAGACGGAGUCAAAGAAAUGUCACUGCUAAAUAUGCGCAACAUGUCAUAAAGAGUUGAAGGAACGAUUUUAAACCAAGACAAGUGUAAUAAUAUGCAUAACAAAAAACCUAUAAAUACCAACUCAAUAACUGAAUCAAAUUCAUUGCUAUAUAAAAAUAAGAUUUACUAAAUUGUACUUAUUUCAGAAAGUCUGAAGUAAAACUUUAAACGUAAAAUUUUUGUUUCUAAUGAACUAAUCUAAAGCAAAAGUUAUAAUGAACAAAAAAAAAUACAAAGAAACGUGGAAAAAGUGGAAAUGUGACGAAUGUGAUUCAAAUUUUUAUCAAAACGUAGCGAUACAAACAAAGCAGAUGUAGGCAUUUUUUUUCUCGGUAGAUUCAUGUUGUAGCAAAAGCGGUUUUGUUCGUUUUUCACAAACAAAAUACAAACAGAAACGGAAUGGUUGUUUGAUUUACAAACACUUUAUUUUAGCGUACCCAAAGUUGUCCAUACGCUCGCUCUCCGGUGGGCUUGGCAAAUACAGUAUAGGGAAAUUGAAGCAUUAUUGAACUAUUUAUAUAUAUACAUAUAUAUCAAACAGGAUUACACACAUACAAAUUACCAAACAGUUUAGCAGCAGAAAUCGGUCAGUGUGUUUUGAGGGCAAUAGAAUUUUCCGUUUGUUAUUUUUGAACAAAACAAUAGCAAAACCGCCGCCGCCGUCGCCGUCGCCGCCAGACAAAAAUACGGAAAACAAUAAGAGAAAUGAUAUGUGACAACACUGGCGUAUGCAGAUGUAGGAAGAGUAACAGAGGGAGCGAAGAGCAACAGAGUGUGCUAAGAUUGAGCGAGAGAAAGAGAGAGAGAGAGAGAGAGAGAAAGAGCGAAAGACAAGAAAGAGAGAGAGAGAACAGUGCUAACCCUUCCAAGAAGCAAAGAUAAAAGAAGAAUGGUGAAAAGGUAUAAAUGACGCAAGACAAAGAGUAAUAAAUGUACUAGGCUAAUGGAAAGCUCAAAAUAUAUAUAAGCCAUAUUUUGGAUUUA